AUGUCUUGGUUAUUUGGAGGUAAAACCGAAGAACAGAAGAAAGAAUCCGAAUUAAAGAAUUCCUUGGGAUUUGAUCCAUCACAAGUGUCCGAUGUAUCAUCCAUUUUACAGGCACCAGGUGUUUUAGAUUCAACUAGGUUGCAUCCAUUAGCAGGAUUGGAAAAGGGGGUCGAGUACUUAGACUUAGAAGAAGAACAAUUAAAUGACAUCGAGGGUGCCAAGGGUUUGAUUCCUUCCAGAAGUUGGACUGACGACUUAUGUUACGGUACCGGUGCGGUGUAUUUAUUGGGUUUAGGUAUUGGUGGUACCUACGGUUUCCAAGAGGGUAUCAAUAAUUUACCUAAGAAUGCCUCCUCAAAAUUACAAUUAAACACAGUUUUGAAUCACAUCACUAAGAGAGGUCCAUUUUUGGGUAACUCUGCUGGUGUUUUGGCUUUAACUUACAACUUGAUUGAUUCAACAUUAGAUGCAGUUAGAGGUAAACAUGACGACAUCAAUUCUAUAGUUGCUGGUGGUUUAGCUGGUGCUCUUUUCAGAAGUAGUGCUGGAAUUAGACCAAUGGGUUAUUCGACGGCCUUAAUGGCUGGAGCAGCAGGUGCUUGGUGUGGUAUUAAGCGUUUUUUAGCAUAA